CAGGCCGCGCCUCCGGGGUCCUAACCGGCCGCACCGCCUUCCGCUGCACGUGCCUGCGGAGAGAUGCCCAAGUCCAAGCGCGACAAGAAAGUUUCCUUAACCAAAACUGCUAAGAAAGGCUUGGAACUGAAACAGAACCUGAUAGAAGAGCUUCGGAAAUGUGUGGACACGUACAAGUACCUGUUCAUCUUCUCCGUGGCCAACAUGAGGAACAGCAAGUUGAAGGACAUCCGGAACGCCUGGAAGCACAGCCGGAUGUUCUUUGGCAAAAACAAAGUGAUGAUGGUGGCCUUAGGUCGAAGCCCAGCUGAUGAGUACAAAGACAACCUACAUCAGGUCAGCAAGAAGUUGAGGGGUGAAGUUGGUCUCCUUUUCACCAAUCGCACUAAGGAGGAAGUGAAUGAGUGGUUCACGAAAUUUGCGGAAAUGGACUAUGCCCGAGCUGGAAACAAAGCAACGUUCACCGUGAACCUGGACCCGGGGCCCCUGGAGCAGUUCCCGCACUCCAUGGAGCCACAGCUGAGGCAGCUCGGCCUGCCCACCGCCCUCAAGAAGGGUGUAGUGACCCUGCUGUCCGACUACGAGGUGUGCAAGGAGGGCGACGUGCUGACCCCAGAGCAGGCCCGCGUCCUGAAGCUUUUCGGGUAUGAGAUGGCUGAAUUCAAGGUGACCAUCAAAUACAUGUGGGAUGCACAGUCCGGAAGGUUCCAACAGAUGGGAGAUGACUUGCCAGAGAGCGCGUCCGAGUCGGCAGAAGAAUCAGAGGAAGAUGACGACUGCUGACGGGCACGUGGGACUGAGGGCCUCCCGGCCGUGCCAGGUGUCAUCUUGACCACACUGGACUGGCGCCGCCCCUCUUGGAGCAGCUGUUUGUUUUGCUGUGAUGAAGACGAGAGGCGAUAGGGACAGACUGUUUCCCUACAAAGAGUUACUGUCUGCAGGGUUUCUCCCUGUAGAUGGCAAAGGAACUUUUCUCAGAAAAACAGGCCUUUGGGUUUGGACUUUUGUUCGGAUUCCUAGGGUUCCUUUUGUUCACCACCUGAGUCAGCUUCCAGCACUAGUUCCUGCGAGACUUCUGGGCACAGGAGAGCAGCCUCGGGGCUUCUCUUCCCUGGCCCUCAGUGCCCUUGCCUGAAACAGGUUCGCUGAGAAAAUUGGGCACCUUGGCCCUGACUGGCAUGGCUCAGUUAGUUGAGCAUCGUCCCAUGCACCGAGAGGUUGCUGGUUCCAUUCCGUC